AUGAACGGCGAUGCCCUGUGCCAGGAGCCCUCCUCCCCACUCCCCGACUGGAGGGAGUUCUGCGAGCUGCACGCCCAGGCGGCCGCCGUCGACUUCGCCCAGAAGUUCUGCCAGUUCCUGAAGGAGAACCCUCACUACGACACCCCCGGGGCAGAGACCUCCUUCUCCCACCACUUCGCUGCCAACUUCUUGGACAUCUUCAGCCUGGAGGUCAGCCGAGUCUUCGUCUCCGACUCCCCCACCAAGUACAACAUCGUGCCCUUCGUGGGGCUGCAGAACUGCCACGUGCCCUACGGGCGGGAGGUCGCCCCGAGGAAGGAGGAGACCUCCAGCGAGUCCCUGGACAGUAUGGACGCUCCCCUGGGCGCCGGCCGCUACCUGAGCCCUGCACAGCAGGCACAGGCGCGCAAGGUCUCCUCCUACGGCCAGUCCCGCAGCUCCGAGGACGUCUCCAUCCACGCUGCCGCCAAGCCCAAGUUCAAGAAAGGCUUCUCGCUGAGGAACAUGAGCUUGUGCGUGGUGGAUGGCAUGAAGGAGAUGUGGCACCGCAAGUCCUCUCCGGAGCCGGGCGCCGAAGCCGCCCCCGGCGGCCGCAGAGCCGAGAGGGAGGCGUGGCCGGCCGGGGGCAAGGAGCCUGCUGACCCCCGGGAGAAAUGGACCCACAAGCUGCGCCUGGCCAAGGUGCCCUCCUCCAAGGUGGAGCUGGUGGACAUCCAGAGGGAGGGGACACUGCGCUACAUGGUGGCCGACGACACGAACUGUGUGGGCAGCUCGCAGUGGCAGAAGUGCCGCCUCCUGCUGCGGAAGGCCGGCAAGGUGGAAGGGGAGAGGUUCCUCCUCGAGUUCUAUGUCCCCCCAAAGGCUUCCAAGCCCAAGGUGAGCAUCCCGCUAUCGGCCAUCGUCGAGGUGCGCACCACCAUGCCCCUGGAGAUGCCUGACAAGGACAACACCUUCGUGCUGAAGGUGGAGAAUGGGGCAGAGUACAUCCUGGAGACCAUUGACUCCCUGCAGAAGCACUCAUGGGUGGCAGACAUCCAGGACUGCAUCGACCCUGGGGACAGUGGGGAUGACAUCGAGCUGGCCUCUUGUGCACAGGGAGCCUGUCUGCAGGGCAGGGCCUCCUCCUGCAACUGCGAGUUCCUGGCUGAUGAUGCGCCCAGGCCGCCGGACAGAUGUGCCCUGCCCAGCGCUCACACCUCUGCCACGGCUGUGCCCACGCCCCAGGGCCGAGGCAGGGACUCCCUCAGUGAGCUCCUUGCCCACGUCCCCCUGGAGAGCUUCCUGCAGACGCUGGAGCCCUCCCCUGCCACCAGCGGCGGGCACCUGGCAGGGGAGGAGAGCGAGGCGGAGGCAGAGCUCAAGCUGAGCGACUUCCCCUGGUUCCACGGGACGCUGUCGCGGGUGAAGGCGGCGCAGCUGGUGCUGUUGGGGGGUGCCCGCAGCCACGGCCUCUUCGUCAUCCGCCAGAGCGAGACCCGGCCUGGGGAGUACGUCUUGACCUUCAACUUCCAGGGCAAAGCCAAGCACCUGCGGCUGUCGCUGAACGAGAGCGGGCAGUGCCACGUGCAGCACCUCUGGUUCCAGACCAUCUUCGACAUGCUGCGGCACUUCCACACCCACCCCAUCCCCCUGGAGUCCGGCGGCGCUGCCGACAUCACCCUGCGCAGCUAUGUGGUGGCACAGAGCCCCCUGCCCGAUGCCAGCCCCCCAGCAGCGCUGGUGCCACCGCCGGGCUGCCGGGGCGAUGUGCCACCCCCACACUACUUCUGCAGCACGGCCCCCGCCGGCCCCCCGGCCCCGCUGCCCGCCGAGGGGGCGGCCGUGCCCCCUGCCGUCCCCGCACCCUACCACCGCCUGGAGGGUGCCCUGGGCCCCCGGAGCCGCAGCGACAGUGCCGAGCGCCGGCCGGAGCCCCCUGCCAGCGGUGCCGAGGACUACCACGAGGCUGACGGAGCCCGCAGCCGCACCCGGGCCGUGGAGAACCAAUAUUCCUUCUACUGA